AAUAGUAAACCAAAACUUGGGGGCGAAGGAGGAGGACAGAAAAUUUUCUAUUUUCUUUUUGGUUUUUGUUUGGUUCCAAAAAAAAAGAAAUUUUGUAUUGGUCUUUGGGCCUUGGAACUCUCUCUUAUCAUCAUCAAUUCAUCAUCAUCUUCCUCGACCAAGCAUCCCUGAAAUCGAUCAGCUGGAUCUCCGUUGAUGUGAUGCAUCAGAAGAAAUCGGAAGCUCAGAUCGGAAAAGAAAGCAGCGGCGUCUCUUCCGAUUUCAAUCCUUCUCCCCCUCUUCUUUUCUUCCCUCAGAUCGUGUCUCACCACCACCACCGUGAUCCCUCUAUCCCAGCCGCCCCUUACAGGCGUCGCUUCGCUCCUUCUCCUCCUCCUCCUCCUUCACCUUCUCUGCCGCGCUCUCUCCGGCGCUUGCCUCUCCUUCUCUUUCUCCUCCCUCUCUCUUACUUCCUCCUCUCCCAUCCCACUCGCUCCUUCCUUGUCGAUUUCCUCUCUGCCUUUGGUUUUUCCGCCGCACUUCUUUUCUCACUCAAUCUCGCCCUCCCUCGGCUCCCUUCGAUCCGCUUGUUCCUCGCGCGAUCCUUCCCUUCCCCUUCUAGGACGACCCCUUUGCCCGUCUUCUGGUCCAUAGGCUGUCGCCCUAAAUCUGACAAGAGGAGUAGCUCCGGGUGCUGGGUCCAACUCUAUAGCAACGGUGACGUUUACGAGGGAGAGUUCCACAAGGGCAAGUGUUCCGGCACCGGCGUCUAUUACUAUUCCAUGAGCGGCAGGUAUGAAGGUGACUGGCUCGAUGGCAAGUACGACGGCUACGGUGUUGAGACCUGGGCCAGAGGCAGCCGUUACAUGGGCCAGUAUAGGCAGGGCCUUCGCCACGGUUAUGGGGUUUACAGAUUCUACACUGGAGACAUGUUCUCCGGCGAGUGGUCCAGCGGACAGAGUCACGGUUGCGGAGUUCACACCUGCGAAGACGCUAGUCGCUAUGUUGGGGAGUUCAAGUGGGGCGUCAAGCAUGGUCUUGGUCAUUACCAUUUCAGCUGGCUUUCCUUUGAAUUGAACGGGGACGUAUACGCAGGAGAAUACUUUGCUGACAAGAUGCAUGGAUUCGGGGUCUAUGGGUUUGCAAAUGGUCACCGGUAUGAGGGAGCUUGGCAUGAAGGUAGGCGGCAAGGGCUGGGGAUGUAUACAUUCAGAAAUGGAGAAACACAGUCGGGCCAUUGGCAAAAUGGGAUCCUUGACAUUCCAAGCACUCAAAAUACGACUUGUCCCAUAUCUCCUGUUGCAGUCAACCAUUCCAAAGUGCUAAAUGCAGUCCAGGAGGCACGAAGAGCAGCCGAGAAGGCUUAUGACGUAGACAAGGUUGAUGAGAGAGUUAACAGAGCGGUUGCAGCUGCCAAUACAGCAGCCAAUGCUGCAAGAGUGGUGGCCUUCAAAGCUGCCCAAAAACAAUCUAAAAACAUGGACAAUUUUCCAAUUCAUGUCGUGUGAACCAAUUCUAGUACACAGGCGAAGGAAGAAGCAACCAUCUAGUUGACAAGCAUUAACUCAAGAGACUGUGUUGGGGAGCAAUGCAAAACUCUGGUUAGUGUGUUCGCUCAUGGCUAACUCAUGUUUUGGAUUCCUUUAUUCCAAGGCGUGGCAGAGACAUAGGGCUAUAGAGUGGAUCGUGGAUAGUGAAUCCUGAAUCAUGAAUCUGGCAGACAACUGAGUUGUUUUAACUUUUAUGUGUAAGUCUCAGUAAAUUAAUCAACAAUUUUGAAAAACUCUCAUGUAAAAGUGGGCCGGAGCUCACCACCAUAUCAUAUGGGGAAAUUCCUUGUCAUUGAAUUUAAGAAAACGCACGUACAUUCAAAGAUC